AUGUGCUUGCAGGUGGUGGACUUGGGUGUGAUGACACCUUGUGAGACAAUAAUCAAAACUGCCAUUGAAGAGAACGCGGAUUUCAUAGGAUGCUCUGGUCUGAUAACGCCCUCGUUGGAUGAAAUGGUCCAUGUGGCUAAAGAAAUGCAGCGUAUCGGACUCAAAAUACCAUUGCUGAUAGGAACAUUUCGAUCUUCGCAACACAUCACGGAUCUUCGCCAGAAAGUUGGCAGUGAGAACUAA